AGGGUUGAACGACGCUCGCCGAACGCACGCUUAAAUACGCGCCAGCAAUUGCGCCGAUCAGAAAAAUCUGUUUGAUCGAUGCGCGCCACGUCCGAACAAAUCCGCAAUAACAGCGACGCGGUGCACCGGUUAAUUAGAUAAAUUGAUUCGUUAAAUUAAUAAACAUCGCAGCCGGUUGCGGUCCGAGACGCGGGGAUACGCGGCUCGGGUUUCGCCACUCUUUUAAAUUAAUUGCUGGGGAACGGGACGCUACGUCAGCGAAAUCCGUGUCUACUGGGUGGCACGCGUUCAACGGGACCACUGGAUCGCCCUCUUUAUUUACGGUCGCCCGGCAAACAUCGCGAAAGGUUUCGUUUUACAGUGGAGCAUCGAUCGCGCCGAGUUUUCCUUGAGUUGUCCUGUUUAAAUGGAACAGCGGGGUCAGCGAAUUUUUGUAGAUCUUCGGAUGGGUGAAAUAGAAGCAUUUUGGAUUCGUUGUUUUAGAAUUAUUGGGAAAAUAUAGAUAGUUAACUGGGGAAUCAUUGGGUAAGGUGAUUUAGUAACACGUAAGGUAAAACAUAAGUCAGUUGAAUUUUAAGUAAGAAUACUCUUGAAGUUUGUAUUAAUGUUGGGAACACUCGAUUUGACUGAUUGGUGAUUUAGUGCUGAUGGAACAGUAUUUGUGUAAUUGAUUCUCAUACUUUUGCCACGGGUGAGAUGAUAAAUUUGAAUUUUAAUUCAGACCGAUUUAUGUGUCGGUUUAAUUUAAUUGUUAAUUUAUGCGUGCGUUCGGAAUGCUCGUUCGCGUCCAUGCAAUCGCGAAGUUUCGUGAUAAAUGGCGUUCGUAAUUCGUCGCUCCGUGUAUUGCAGCGUUGUAGGUUUAUUAUGGUAAACCAUGCUUCUUAGUUUCCUUCAUACACAGAAGUCGGCGGGCUCGUAGAUGGAGCUAAAAGCCAGGAGCAGGUUGCGUCCAAUCUACAGUUUCCUCACGUGCGAAAUGGCCGCGGGGAAAUGUAUUAUCCGGUGUUACACUUGCAACCCCGGUAUAUGAACAGGACACCCGUCAUAUUGAAGCCAUACCCGUUCCCGAAUAUUCAGUUGUACAUCUCCUAAAGGACCCUAUAAAAUUCAGCGGAGAAACGCAGCGCGUGUUUUCGACAGUAAAUCCUAACUCGCAUCCCUUAAGUACGGUAAAACACAGCAAAAUUAGCGUUUAAAUAGUAAAAUGUACGUUUACGCAGCAAAAUAUUCGACAAAUAAUCAGGACAUUAAUAAUCUUGAAGGACUUGACAACAAACACUCGAUUUAACGCAUUUAUGAUAGACACAAGUGUACAGGAUAUAGAAAAAUGUUUGAAAACUUCAAAAAUCCAAUUACCUCAUUUUCAUUUUAUUCAAGCUCUUAACGAAAGAGAUUAAUUUGAACUCCACUAGAUUACUGAAAACAGCGUUCGUUCCACGAGGCGCAUCUAUUCAUCGAAACCACCUGAACAGAACACCUUCCCUCGCCAAUAGGCACAUCCUAUAAGAGUUUCAUCUCGAAAAAUAUUCUCGUACAGCCAUGAACGUAGGCGUCCACCUCCCAUUCAAAUGUAUCAGCCAGCUAUCUCUCUUUUCUUUGUCAGGAGUAAUCCUUCCGUUCCUGAACACUUUCAGCGGUUAUGAAUGGCACCUAGUUAAUGCCAGCAACGCACCCAGCCGUCAGUCAGCCUGCGGUCGUGUUUCUCGCGUCCCUGCUCAACCGUCUUCUUAUCAGCCCGCGGAAAUUCCUUUAAAACACUAUUUUCCGGAGCGAUGGCCAGCCCGAAGGGAUUUCCGCUCGGGGCCGUUGCGCGAGAUAGACCAACGGCCGUCGACCUUAUCCGAGAGCCCUCCGCAAUAAUUAAAUUCUUGACGAACAUAGAGGAUUCUUCAAUUGUUCCGUACACGGCAGGAGGAUUCGGCCCCCGGGGAGAUGUUCUCCGGAGGGAUCGAUAAACAUCUCCUGGCAGGAUCAUGCCUGGCUUCCGUGGACGCCCAUGUUUCGAUGGAAUGUUAUUGGCUGCAUAGGUUGACGGGGGUGGAAUGCCGGAUCGCGGAAUCAAACGGGCAACCGGUACGACUUGUCACGUGGUCGCGUUGGAAAACUAGGGGGCGGAAGCGGAUGAUCACUGCGGAAGCUGGUGUUAACCCAUCGGCUGCAACAUGUGCGAACAUGGCGGGUUAACGCAUCUGUGAAUUAUUAAUGAUUAUUAUGCUGGUAUUUACUGUAUUUACUAGCUAUUUCUGGUGAUGUUUAUUAGUAUUUGCUGGUAGUGUUUACUAGUUAUUACUAGUUAUUACUAGUAGUGUUUAUUGUAUCUACUGCUACUGUCUAUUUGGUAUUACUAACAGAAUUUACUAGUUUUUACUAAUAGUAUUUGUUGUAUCUACUAUUUGUUUCUAUUUAUUAUUACUAAUAGUAUUUGUUGUAUCUACUAUUUGUUUCUAUUUAUUAUUACUAAUAGUAUUUGUUGUAUCUGCUGUUAGUAUCUAUUUAUUAUUACUAAUAGCAUUUACUAGUAGAAUUAAUAAUCGAGGAUCUUUCACAACCAAAUUAUAGAAAAUAAAGAAUCAUUGCUAUAGAAUCAUCAUCUGUUCCUCGAAGUGUCUACUUUACAACGGUUUUCAUUUGAAAAAUCGACAAUGCUUAACAAAACAACAAUAUUAACAAUUCGAAUCAUAUCUAUCUAUCUGAAUUGAAGACUGUAAAUCAUCUUUGCUACGCAUAAGGAAACCAAUAAGCAAAUAAUAAAGUAAUAAGGUUAUUUCGAUAAUCUUUAUGUAACGGGGAUGAAAGUCGGAUUAAUAUUUGAAUUGAAGUUCGUUAGCCACGUUCUGCGCCACGGAAAUGUAUCUUUAAAGGGGUUAAACGGUCUACGAAACGAGUCGAUGACGGCUCACCCUCUAACUCUUCUCGUUUAUUCUACGUAUUAACCGUACACCGGGAUAAAUCGACGGCAAACAGAUCUCCCUUCCCCGGAUUUGGCCCCGCCGUGGCCGGACGGACUGAUCCCUUCGAAAUUCGACGCUUAAAUUCCGGUUGACAGGGCGCGCGGCCAGGUAUGCCGCGGACGAGAACAGUUUUCGAGUCCUCGAUAACUGCCCGGUCGGAUCGAUAGGAACAAGCUCAACGUCGCGGAUGUUUGAUGAUACACGGGCUGACCCUAGCUGUGGCGUAUUAUUGUCAGAAUUUAUUACUGAUAGGGCGGAGGCACUGAAAAUAAUACUGGUGUAAGCGGUUUGAGCGGGAAAAGAUGUUAAUGUACAGACAUUUUUAGUAUUGAUGUUAAAUCAGCCAAUAGCGUGAACAAAACAGAUGACGAAGGAUCUUUUGCUAACCCUUUUGCGACUGUGUCAUUUUGAAAUAAUACAUAUAAUAAAUCACGUUUAGCUUUGCCGUACUAUUCACUUUGCAACAAAGCUUUACUAUCUACUUCUACCACUACUAAGUUCUUAGAAACUCAAAGAGAUUUUCCUUUCCUCGUAAAUGUAUGUUAGGAGCCAGAACAUUGAAAACAGGGAAUCGUCUUUCACUUUGAUCUACAUACAACGUAGACCAUCAACUUUUAUAUACCGAUACGUACUUCGUUGAAUUCCUUUAGUAGAUACAAAAAAUUCCCCAGUAGUUCCAAAUGGAUUCACUUACUGGCGAUUUCAAUAAUUCCGAAAGUUUCACGUUUCGGAUGGGCAAAAAUGUAUUAUUCCAGCAUCAUCGACACGUGUCACGUUACUUCUGGAAUCUUCGCGAGUCUCAUUCGACAGCGAGAGGUUAAAGGUAGUAGGUAAUAAAAUCGAAGGAUCCGAAGAAUCCAGAAAUACCGUGUUCUAUCGAGAAACCUAGCAGUGCACUCUCGACCCUGGACAUCGAGGAUCGACCUGGACAGGUGAUAUACGGCUGGUUGUGUUUUAAUAAGGCCAGCUUCGAGGCCUGUGUUCUCGUGACCGAGAAGAUGGCACGAGAAGGGGAGAGGGAGGAGAUACUGCGGAUAGGUGGAAACUGGUUCGGCCGAAUCGGCUCCCCGUACAAGAAGCCGCUCGGAGGCUGAUCGGGAUGGCGGAUGACCGGGAACGAGGUCAAUCGGCACGAUAAAUUAACCGUUGCAGCGUCUUCUGUUUGGCGUUUGGCCCGGUCCCCCUGGUGAUCGUGGCCUGCCAACCUCUGCAACCGUGAUAAUCACGAUCGUGAGCGUUUUUACGAGCGAGAGUGUUAAGCUCGAAGGUGACCGGCGAAUAUUUUUGAAAAAAUCGAAGCCGCGUGAAUGUUUGACGAAGAUUGGCUCCGGAUAUGCGGAUACUCUUAUGCUGAGCUUCGACGAAACGUCGAUGGACAGCUGCCCGUUGGCCGUCACCGACGGAAGACCGAACGAACCGUUGAAGGAUGCCGUCGAGACGGAAGUUACGUCCCUGGAGGAAGCGAAAUCGGUGAUUGCGACGCUCCGAGCGAGGCAGAGGGCACAGGCGUAUCAGAUGCUCGCAUGGCGCAGGAAACUGAAGCUGCAGGAGGAUCUCGUGGCCCGGCUGACUAGGGAGAAGGCCGAGGAACUGCGGACGUUAUCCUCGCAGCUGCUGCUGUUCGAGUCGAGGCUCUGCCGGAAGCAGAAGGAGAUCGAGGCCAGCCUCGCCCAGCGAGAGUCCAUUAUCCUCAGACAGCAGAGGAUGAUACGACAAUUGCAGAGCAGAUUGGCGGAAAGAAGCACCGGGACCAGGGACUCGCCGCCCUGCGACGCACUCGAUAGAUUGGACAGCCUUGGGGACAGCGACAGCGCCGUUGUCCUCGAAGAGACUGCCGAUGAUCUAGGGCCGCCCAGGUUCCGUUCGAACAUCACCGACGUGACGGUGAUCAGGUCGGUGUCGGACGCGGUCGAGCCGUCGAGCAAGUACUCGUCGAUGCGACGGUGCAACGGAUUCUUGAGGAGACCGGAGAUUCUGGAGACGGUGUACUCGGUGGAGGAAGACGGGGACAGCGAGAACAAUCAGGACCCGUCCGAGUCGACCGAGAACUCCGAGUGCGAGGAGAGACGGUCGAAACAUUUGGGGAACGGGAAGGGCAGGCUUCAGGAUCUCUACGGCAGCUUCGAGAGACUCGCCCAAGAAGCGGAUUCGCCGCCCAGCGAAAGGCCCAGGGACGAAAGUCAACAGGCGCAGGUCACGUACAACAGGGUAAUGAGCAAUCACCGAUCAGUCACCAAGCCAAAAGACGUGAAGUACAAGAGGAUAAACAAAGCGAAAUCGAAAAGCCUCGAGGAGCUGAGGGGCCGUCUGAGGAACUGGGUCGAGAAGGGGAACAAGAUCGCUAUAUCGUUAGAUCAGUCUUAUGCCUGAAGAAAAUGUACCUCCUUUGAAAGUAUAAUUAACGUAGAUGUACUUUUCAACCGGCGAUCGCGUGAACCGAUCGCCGACGAUUAAAUAUAUCGUUUCAUGCUCCUACUCCUCCCCCCUUUUCUGUCUCUGGCGCGCGCAAGCCACCCCGUCCGGGGUUUUCGAAAGCGUUUUAUUGUCCGGCGGACAGGAUCGCCGGUACUGGUUAUAUUUAAUUGAAAUUCUCAUCGCUCCAUGUGAUAUUUACUGUAGUGUCUCGAGAAUGAAAUUAGAGGGACGUUGCGCGCAGACAAUUUCCAACUAUUGUGAUAUAAACACGCUAUGUAAAAACGAUCUUACCGUAUCAACACGACCAGGUUGUUUAGUAAUUAAUAAUCAUCGAUCGAGGCAAGUACCAAGUGGGAAGAUGAGGUCGGAAGCCGGACGACGAUCGAGGAAAAUCGCUGCCGGCGAUCCACGCCAUUGAUCGUCCAUCUUCCGACAUCGUUCAGCGUCUAACCGCGCGAGCGUGUCGCUUUUGCGUUGACCGCGAAACCCCGGCGUCGCCGAAUCCUUGUACAAUCAGCGAUCCCAUCGUCGCAGGACCUUCAUCGUUGUACGCUUGAGCAUCUUCCUUUCAGCGAGAACGCGUUAAACGGAUCUUCCCGUUCCAUUUCUAUAUUAUGUACAGAUAUAUACACCCCGCUCCGUUUUUUCGUCUCUGUAUCUUCCACUUCUCCGAUCCGUUGUUCGGGAAAGGCAUGGAACGCUGUUCGGCCAGGCCAUUCCCGAGCAGCCACACGACACGCGCGCGUGAACACGCACCGUUUUAACCCUUGAACGGUUCCCUUUCGUCAAUUACGACCGCUGCAGCCCUCUUUAAUCGGUUGGGAUCGACGCUAACGCUUAACGUGUCCAAUGCUUAACGAGACGAUUUGUUUUUCCGUCUGCGAACGAGGAAGAACGCGAGCGUGGCAUCCGUGUGAUCGCGUCGAACAGGCCUCAGCUCAAUUUUUGUAAACGCUCUAUAUACACAGACGUACUGAUUAAAGGUAUCGUAAUUGUGAUCUGUCGCGUCAGCCUUUUUCCCACGUGCGCCGGAUGUGCGACGUUCUCGUUGCAUCAAAUGCGAAACGGAGCUCCUCCGAGCGUCACUCGUCCUCUGUCCUGUAAGGUUCCACGAACACGCAGUCGCGCGAACGGGUAACCGAACUCGUCGCAACUUUUCUAUUAAUGACUCGCUGUCAGGGACAACCGACGCAUCCAUCGGUUCGGCUAGCCGGGACAACUAACAUUUUGUACCAUAGCGAAGCGAAGAGAUAUUGAUUCGAGGCGCGAACGCUGGUCCUCGCCGUUCUAAAGGGCGAGAGCUCGAGAGCCAGAUCGUCCGUUUUGGAACGCCGAUCGAAGCGUGCGCUUCGAUUCGAUGAGUAUUAUUCUGUUACAUAAUUGUUCCGACUAGAACGAUCGUUGGAUCCGUACGAGAUGAUCAAUUCGAACGGAUUCCGUGUAGUGUCGUCGAAUCGGUAUACAGGAUUUAUUGAGAAAAUGUAUUACUCUUCUCCGGUGCGAUCGUCAAUGCCGUACGCGGGACACGAGAGUCACUUUGGCCCGUAGCGUAUAAUAUUUUUCGAUCUGUCUUAUGCGUCGUACGUCGAACGCCCGUAACUUCAUCGAUGUACAUGUAAGAUAAGGAACAAAGGGAAGGGAGAUCUCUG